AUGCGCCAUCAAUCACAACCUCCGCUGAAGGAAUCUGAAGUUGCAACGUUGCCUCUGUUGGAAUCUGAAGCCAUCGCUGCCAUUACGGAAGCACAAGUAGUGCCCCCCUGCGGAAUUGAACAAAUUCUGCGACCAAUUGACGUUGAUGGUGAAAAAGCGCUGCCACUUCAUGACACAGUAGAUACUGGCCAUCGAGUCGCCUCCCCUGUUGCUGGUGCCCGAACGGUGGAGGGGGUUAAAUCAAUUUCACAAACUAAAAUCUCCGCGAUUGAUGAGGUCGCCGGCUCCGAAGGGAAACAAGGUUCACCAUCUACUGCCUCCCCAGAAUCGAAUGCGGUGCGAAGUUCAGACAAAGGAAGUGAGGAAUUUUCAUCAUCGGAAAGGAAUUUUCGGUCAGAAUCAAGGACUGUCCGGCAAGAGUCACUCACUCUACGGCCACCAUCUGCGCAACAAAUCCCUUAA